AUGAAGGUAUUAGAAAAAAAAUACCUCUGGCUAUGCCUUUCGUUACUACAUCUGACAGCAAAUGCUGUGGAACAUGAAGAAGUCGCGAAGCAUGCCAUCAAGUUGCAUCGAGGAAAGGGAGCAGUCGUCCCUCAGAGAAAACAGUGGGUUCUGGAGAAUUGUAGGAAGCUCUUUGGGCUCCUUCGCCAAAAGAACGUGGUUCUUAACAAACUGAAAAAUGCAAUCAGAGCAGUCGAGAAAAACACUGGCCUCUCGGAUGAAGAGAAAUUGUUUCAGGUGCACACAUUUGAGAUCUUUCAGAAAGAGCUGAAUGAAAGUGAAAAUUCAGUCUUUCAGGCUAUCCAUGGACUUCAGCGGGCCCUCCAAGGAGAUUACAAAGAUGUGGUGAACAUGAAAGAAAGUAGCAGGCAGAGAUUGGAGGCUUUGAGAGAAGCUGCAAUAAAGGAAGAGACAGAAUAUGUGGAACUUUUAGCAGCAGAAAAGCAUCAAGUUGAAGCUCUUAAAAACAUGCAGCAUCGAAACAAAAGUUUAUCCAUGCUUGAUGAAAUCCUAGAAGAUGUCAGAAAGGCCGCAGAUCGCUUAGAGGAAGAGAUCGAAGAACAUGCUUUUGAUGACAAUAAAUCAGUGAAAGGGGUCAAUUUUGAGGCCGUUCUCAGAGUGGAAGAAGAGGAAGCCAGUUCCAAACAAAACAUAACAAAACGCGAAGUAGACGAUGAUUUGGGUCUUAGUAUGUUAAUUGAUUCCCAGAAUAACCAGUAUAUUUUGACUAAGCCCAGAGAUUCAACAAUCCCACGUGCAGAUCACCACUUUAUAAAGGACAUCGUUACCAUAGGAAUGUUGUCUUUACCUUGUGGCUGGUUAUGCACAACAGUAGGGUUGCCUACAAUGUUUGGGUAUAUCAUCUGUGGCGUGCUGCUGGGGCCAUCCGGACUAAACAGUAUUAAGUCUAUUGUACAAGUGGAAACAUUGGGAGAAUUUGGUGUUUUCUUUACUCUUUUUCUUGUUGGCUUAGAAUUUUCCCCAGAAAAGCUGAGAAAGGUAUGGAAGAUAUCCCUACAAGGACCAUGUUAUAUGACCCUGUUAAUGAUUGGAUUUGGAUUACUGUGGGGACACUUCUUACAAAUCAGAGCCACCCAGAGUGUCUUUAUUUCUACCUGUCUGUCCUUGUCAAGCACACCCUUGGUGUCCCGGUUCCUUGUGGGUAGUACUCGAGGGGAUAAAGAAGCGGGUGACAUUGAUUACAGCGCCGUGCUUCUUGGAAUGUUGGUCACGCAGGACGUGCAGCUGGGAUUGUUCAUAGCUGUUAUGCCGACGUUCAUACAAGCUGGAGCAAGUGCUUACUCGAGCAUUUUCAUGGAAAUACUACGAAUACUUGUUUUGAUUGGUCAGAUUCUCUUUUCGCUAGCAGCUAUUUUUCUUUUAUGUCUUGUUAUAAAGACUUAUCUAAUAGGACCGUAUUAUCGAAAGCUGCAUAUGGAAAGCAAGGGGAACAAAGAAAUCCUCAUUUUAGGAAUAUCUGCUUUCAUCUUUUUAAUGUUAACGAUCACAGAGCUGUUAGAUGUUUCCAUGGAGCUUGGCUGCUUCUUGGCUGGAGCACUGAUCUCUUCGCAAGGCCACAUGGUUACUGAGGAGAUCAUGGCUUAUAUUGAACCGAUCCGGGACUUUCUGGCCAUCAUUUUCUUUGCAUCAAUAGGACUCCAUGUUUUCCCUACUUUUGUGAUUUACGAACUCACUGUCUUGAUGUUCUUGACAUUAUCAGUGGUGAUCAUGAAGUUUGUGCUGGCCGCGUUCGUCCUGUCACUCAUUUUGCCGAGGAGCAGCCAGGGCAUCAAAUGGACCGUCUCGGCCGGCCUGGCCCAAGUCAGUGAAUUCUCUUUCGUGUUGGGAAGUCGAGCACGAAGAGCAGGAAUCAUUUCUCGGGAGGUCUACCUCCUAAUAUUAAGUGUGACGACUCUUAGUCUUCUACUUGCCCCAGUAUUGUGGAAAGCUGCAGUUAUGAAGUGUGUACCAAAACCAGAAAGACGAUCGAGUGUCUGA